AUGGCUUCAGAAAUACUAUCGUUACCAUUCGCGUUUGGUGCUAUUUUACUCUACACACUCUAUCGCAUCUUCUGUUACAUUCAGUUCCACUCAAAAUAUCGCUUUCCAAACCAUGUAUCCGGUCGGCUCCCACUCCUUGGUAACAUGCUACAGAUACCUAAACAUCCCUCUGACCAACGUCCUUAUUUUGCUAGUUUGGCAAGGAAGUAUGGAGAGAUGUUUACGCUUAAACUGGGAUCUCAGUACUGGGUUUUCCUCAACUCGCACCGAGUUGUAGGAGAGCUUCUCGACAAGCGAGGCGCCCUUUAUGUUUCACGGCCAAGUUUGCCAAUGGUUGGGGAUGUCGCUUCCGGCGGCAAACGAGUGGUCUUCCUACCAUACGGUGAGACCUGGAAAUGGCAAAGAAAAGUCAUUCAUGAGAUAUUGGGCCCUGCAGAGAAAUCCGUAUAUGGUCCGUUCCAAGACGUCGAAUCUCGGGCACUUCUUCAUGGGUAUCUUACCCAGCCCGACGACUGGCAUCUCAGCAAUGCACAAUACAGCAGUUCCGUCAUCAUGAGCAUGGUUUUUGGCCGGCGGACUACUCUGAACGAUGAGACUACGAGUAGAAUCGUCGCCGUUAACGAUGAGUUAACAAAGGCUUUCGAACCUGGAUCUAACCUCAUUGACGCCUUUCCAAUACUCGGGCAAAUACCAUUUGCAAAAAGCUUGCAGCCGUGGAGGUGGUGGGGCGAUAACUUAUACAAAACGGCUUUGAGAAAUUUCAACAGUGAAUUUGACCACCUUGUGGAGCGACAGAAGAGCGGAAAAGUUCCAAAGUGUUUCGCUUCCGAGUUUUUGAGGCUGGGUAGAGACAAAAACGUCAGCCAUGAAGACAUGGUAUUCCUCUUUGGCUCUCUGAUAGAAGCCGGCUCGGAUACAACACGCGUGUCAUUAAAUCAGCUUGCUGCUGCCGCAGCACUAUUCCCGGACUGGGUCGCGCGCGCGCGAGAGGACUUGGACAAGAUUUGCGGCUCGAAUGCCGAGCGGCUGCCUAAUGCUGAUGACGCCCCCGACUUACCGUAUAUCAAAGCAGCAGCCAAGGAAACUGUACGGUGGAAUCCAUCGUUCGGUGAAAUCGCGCACUCACUAACCAAAGAUGAUGAGUUCGAAGGCUAUCGAUUCCCCGCAGGCACAACAUUCUCGUGGAAUCAUUGGGGGAUCCACAAUGACCCCAGUGAAUAUCCAGAGCCCGAAAGAUUUUGGCCGGACCGAUUCCUCAACAAAGACAUUGAUAAGCCAAUUAAAGGUCAUUUAGGUUUUGGCACAGGCCGCCGAGUGUGUCCUGGAUGGCACGUGGCUAGUAAUAGCCUUUUCCUUGGUAUUGCACGCAUUGUGUAUUGUUUCGACUUUCAGACCGUUCCAGGAGAGCCUAUUCCUGUUGGGAAGCCGUUCUCCAUAGGGAUGAGUAAACCAUACCAGGUCAAGGUCGUAGUCAGGAGCCCAGCGCAUGCUGAGUUGAUCAAAAGGGAAUGUGCCUCGGCAGUUUAG